UCAACUCUUCUAAUUUUGCUUCUUCCUCCUGUUUCUCGCGCACCUUGAUUGUUUGAUCAGUUCCACUUGACAACUGAUAUUUAAGAGAAAAUCCAAUCAAAUAUAUACAAAUGAUUGGUAAUUAAAUGUCUAAACAAACAGAUACGGCAUUUAUGAUUAUGUGGACCUGAAAAAUAUGAAGUAACGUUCGUUGGAAAAGGGAAGAAAUUCUCUUGAAGCUGUCAGUGUCCGCUCUGACUCGUUGACUCUCUCUUUAUAUCAAUUACUAUAAAAUCACAUGAAAUUGGCUAAAAAGUAUUUUUUACUUUUAAAGAAUCAUCAAUAUGUAUCAUGUUUGAAAGACUCUGCAAAGAUAUUCUACAAACGUAUAAUCCUGCUUCUAUAAAAAAUUGCUGAAUUAUAGUAAAAUAUUUCCUCUGAGAGAGAAAGCAUUUCUUUACUUCUGUGUCUGAAAUGUGCAAGAGAUAAUUUUCUCUUUUAAAUAUACUUUGAUGGAUUUCCAAAGAGUAUUUGCGACAUUUUUAAAUAUUGGCAUUGAUCACGUUUAGAAGAAAUAUAAGAGAAGUGAUAUUUGUUUGAAAUAAACUAUAAAAGCAAAAAGAAGCAAAAUAUCCAUAUAUUUUGAUGAGAGAAGAACUAUUUUUGAAAAGUUGUUGAUCUGUACAACGUGAAGGUGCAAUUUUAUUAUUCUUGAAGAGAUGUCUGAAGAAUUAGGAAAAUCAUCAUAUGACUGUGACAUCUGCAAAGAGUCAUUCUUAGAAGAAAGUAAAUUCAAUCAACACAAACAAAUUCAUAAAGAGGAAGCACCAUAUCACUGUACUGUCUGUGGUAAAUCAUUACCUCGUGCUCAUAGCUUAGCUAUUCACAAACAAAUCCAUACAGGGGACAGAGAAUACCACAGUGAUAUCUGUGGCAAAUCAUUCAGUCAGGCAGUUUACUUAACCAGACACAAGCGUAUUCAUACAGGGGAGAAAGCAUGUCACUGUGAUAUCUGUGGUAAAUCAUUCGAUCAUGAAGGUAACUUAACUACUCACAGACGGAUUCAUGGAGGGGAGAAACCAUAUCACUGUGAUAUCUGUGGUAGAUCAUUCUAUCAUGGCAGAAACUUAACGAAACACAAACGUAUUCAUACAGGAGAGAAACCAUAUCACUGUGAUAUCUGUGGUAAAUCAUUCUAUCAUGGCAGGAACUUAACUGAACACAAACGGGUUCAUACAGGAGAGAAACCAUAUCACUGUGAUAUCUGUGGUAAAUCAUUCUCUGAUGGCAGUCACUUAACUCAACACAAACGGGUUCAUACAGGAGAGAAACCAUAUUCCUGUGAUAUCUGUGGUAAAUCAUUCUCUCAUAGCAGUAGCUUAACCACUCACAAAUUGGUUCAUACAGAGGAGAAACCAUAUCACUGUGAUAUCUGUGGUAAAUCAUUCUCUAUUGGCAGUAACUUAACGAGACACAAACGUAUUCAUACAGGUGAGAAACCAUAUCACUGUGAUAUCUGUGGUAAAUCAUUCUCUGAUGACAGUAGCUUAACUACACACAAGCUAAUUCAUACAGGGGAGAAACCAUAUCACUGUGAUAUCUGUGGUAAAUCAUUUUCUACUAGCAGUCACUUAACUCGACACAAACGUAUUCAUAUAGGUGAGAAACCAUAUCACUGUGAUAUCUGUGGUAAAUCAUUCUCUCAAAGCAGCAGCUUACCUAAACACAAGCGUAUU